UAUAUUACGGAUUCCAGUUUUAUUCUACGUUCUAAGAUUAAGUAGCAUCAAACGUACAUUCUGAGUAUCGAAUUAUCAAGACAACAUCGUACAGUACAAUAAUGCAACAUGGUGAAUGUUAUGAAAGGAGUGCUCGUCGAAUGUGAUCCGGCGAUGAAACAGUUCCUUCUCCACCUGGACGAGACGAAUGCCCUCGGCAGAAAAUUUAUCCUGCAAGACCUGGAUGAUACACAUCUAUUCAUACAAGCAGAUAUAGUAGAAACCUUACAAGCAAGAGUGGAUGAUUUAAUGGACCAAUUAAGUAUUCCAGUUCAUGAUAAAGGAUUGUAAUCACAAAAAUGUCAGCAAGGGAGUCUGGAAGGGUGAAAGAAGCGGAGAAGAGAAGGGUCCUUGAUGAUGCAGCAAGAAAAAGACGCGCCAGAAAGGCUGUUGAAGCCUUGGAACAAGACAACUUCCAUGAUGACCCACAUGCAGAUCUUGUCAUGUCAAAAAAAGUCCCCAAGUUUGCAGAUUCUAAUGAAAAACCAACGAGGAAGAAGAAGGCGAAGAGUGCAGAGUAUUACAA